GACUCCCAUUUGACCACUUGUAGUGAUUUAUUGAUUCCUCCACCCUUUACGCUAUCCCACAACCCAAGCCGCACCUUAACCAGUUCCACGAUGGCUCUUCCUCCAAAGUUCGCCGGCCACCGUUUCAUCCCCACCGAGGGAGCCGGUGCUAGCUCUUUUCCUACCCAGCCACUCCACACCGUCGAGAUCUUUCUCGACUACGUUUGUCCUUUCUCAGCUAAAAUCUACAACACCCUUCACACCACCCUCCUCCCGUCUCUCCGCUCCGAGCACGCCGACCUCGGCUCAAAAUUCCAAUUUAUCUUUCGCCACCAAAUCCAACCCUGGCACCCUUCCUCCACCCUAACCCACGAAGCCGGGCUCGCCGUACAACGUCUAGCCCCCACCAAAUUCUGGGACUUCAGCGCUGCUCUGUUCAAAGACCAGAAGGCUUAUUUCGACGUUUCACUGGUGAACGAGACGCGGAAUGAGACCUAUAAGCGGUUGGCGAAGUUAGCUUCCCAAAGCGCGGGGGUUGAUGAGAGGGAGUUGUAUGAGUUGUUGGCUAUCCCGACGGAGAAGGGGGAUGAUGGAAGUUUAAAUGUGGGCAAUGCCGUGACGAAUGAUCUGAAGACAGUGAUCAAGAUGGCGAGAUUGGUGGGCGUGCAUGUGAGUCCUACGGUUAUUUUCGAUGGGGUGGUGGCAGGGGAGGUUAGUUCUAGCUGGACCCUGGAGCAGUGGUUGGAGUAUCUGAGGAAGAGUGUUGCUUGAGGGGCUGAAAUUCUGUGAGGGAAAGGGGAUGGUAAGCUGCAGAACUUGGAAUGGAAUACGUUGUUUGAGAGGUGACCCGUGACAAGCGAGAACGCAUGGUGCCUGAAGAGAAAGACAUACGCUCAAUCAAUCAGUGGACGCAACACAUAUAUCAAAGGUGUCACACAGAGUCCAUGAAGCUUUUUUUGAUCGGAUAUUGAUCUCUUCUUCUACUUACGACUGAUACCUACUUAACCUACAGAGCUUGCC